CUAUCAAAACUCAUGCUCAAUGUUUCUGAUUUCGGACUUGCUUCUUCCCCCUCUCUCCCGCUAUCCAUUGUUCGUCCCUAAUCUCCUGUCUCUGCAACUUUCAUUUGCCCUUCUCUGCAAUUCCCUAAACCCUAGGGUCUCCUUCUCCCCUAUUCACUCCCUCUUCAAUUUCCAACUUCUCUCCUCUUCUUCUCCUCUCUGAUUUCUUUUCCGUUAGGGUUUCCAUUUCCUAAGUAUACAUUUCGACAUCUUUCGGAUACUAGAUAGUGGUGUAAAGAAUUCUUGCCUUCUGAUUUCUUGGAUCUGAUCAUGGACCCGCGAGAUUCUUCUUCGUCGCAGUCGACGCCCUCCGCGAUUCGGGAUGCUGCUGCUGCUUCAUCGUCCACUGCCGGUGAGGACGAUGCCAUUCUUUCUGUCACUGCUGCUCUUGCUAAGGACGCCGCCCUCCAUUUCCAAUCUCUCCGUUUUGCUGAGUGUCUCGCUGUUUUGCAUCAGCUCAAGUUAAAGAAAGAAGACGAUCCCAAAGUGCUUCAUAAUAUUGCAAUUGCGGAAUACUUUCGUGAUGGUUGUUCAGAUCCAAGAAAGUUGCUUGAAGUACUUAAUAAUGUCAAGAAGAAAAGCGAGCAGCUUGCUCAGGCUUCUGGUGAGCAGGUUGAUGCUGGGAGCAAUGCUGGAAAUAGAGUUAUUUCAGGCUCUAAAGAAAGUGGUACAAUGGCACAUCAAUUUUCUGCUACAAAUAGUUCGACUUUGGUUUACAUGGAUGAUUUUGACUCGGCAGUUGUAACAUUAAAUAUUGCAAUUAUCUGGUUUCAUCUUCAUGAAUAUACUAAAGCAUUAUCAGUUCUGGAACCUUUGUAUAACAAUAUUGAGCCCAUUGAUGAGACAACUGCUCUCCAUGUUUGCCUUCUGUUGCUAGAUGUUGCACUUGCCUGCCAGGAUGCGGCAAAAUCUGCUGAUGUGCUGAUCUAUCUAGAAAAAGCUUUUGGUGUCAGCUCCACAAGUCAAGGUGAUAAUGCAAGCAUGACAAAUCAACAAUCUGCAAAUCUAGUUGCAAAAUCAUCCUCUAUUCUGAGUGGUUCAUCAGCCUUGGAUGCAUCUAAUUCAGAUUUAGCACCAAGUGGAAAUGCCUUGGAAAAUUCUUUGUCGAGAACUUUAUCAUUAUCAGAGGAGUCACUGGAGUAUGAAACCAUGUUUUCGUUGGACAUAAGUGGACAGAACUUGACAAGACCAUCUGGUUUUCCAUCUUCUAAUGAUCUUUCUAGGAUCCAACUUGAUAGGUGUAUAUCUAGCAUUGAUCUAAAGCUUAUGUUGCAGCUUUACAAGGUCCGAUUUCUACUUCUCACAAGGAACUUAAAACAAGCGAAGCGUGAAGUCAAGCUUGCCAUGAACAUUGCACGUGGUAGAGACUCGUCCACGGCUCUCCUUUUGAAGUCUCAGCUUGAAUAUGCUCGUGGGAAUCAUCGUAAAGCCAUCAAGUUGUUGAUGGCAUCAAGUAACCGCGCUGAGAUGGGGAUUUCAAGCAUGUUCAACAAUCUUGGUUGCAUUUAUUUUCGGCUUUAUAAAUACCACACAUCAUCUGUGCUCUUUUCCAAGGCACUAUCUAGUAGUUCGUCAGUACGGAAGGAUAAGCCUCUGAAACUGUCAACUUUUUUCCAAGAUAAAUCUCUCCUCAUUAUCUACAAUUGUGGCAUACAGCACUUAUCUUGUGGGAAGCCCUUGCUGGCUGCUCGCUGUUUCCAGAAAGCAAGUCUAAUAUUUUACAACCUUCCUAUCUUGUGGUUACGGCUUGCUGAGUGUUGUCUGAUGGCCCUAGAGAAGGGACUUAUAAAAGUUGGUCGAACGCCAGGGAAAUCAGAAAUUAUAGUCCAUGUUGUUGGCAAGGGAAAAUGGAGGCAUCUUGCAAUAGAAAAUGGGAGUUCACGAAAUGGAUGUUUGGAUUUUGUUGAAAGGGAGGACUUGUUUUUGGGCAGUGAAAGGCAACUGAAGCUCUCUGUGUCCCUUGCCCGUCAGUGUCUCCUCAAUGCCUUGCACUUGUUGGACUGUGCUGGUAUGAAAGAUUUGAAGUCCAGUUUACCCUCCAGUAUCUCCUUGGAAGAAAAUGAAUCAAGUGAAGGAGAAGCGGUCAAGAAUUCAUACCACAGGGGUUUAACUGGCCUAGAUACCAAAGCAUCAACUUUAUCUGUGGGCUUAGGUCAGCUUAAUGCAAAUGGGGAUGCAAAGGAGCAGAAGGGAGCAACAAGCCAGGAGAACAUGCAUAACUCCAUCUCUUACUUUGAAGAUACUCGUUGGAGAGAGAAUCAGAUGAUUAAGCAAGCUCUUCUUGCUAACUUGGCUUAUGUAGAGUUGGAACUAGAAAACCCCGAGAAGGCUUUGUCCACGGCAAAUUCUCUCUUGGAACUUUCAGAAUGCUCAAGAAUUUAUGUUUUUCUUGGUCAUGUGUAUGCAGCAGAGGCCCUCUGCUUGCUGAACAAGCCUAAGGAAGCUGCUGAACACUUGUCAAUUUAUGUGUCUGGAGGAAGUAAUGUUGAGUUGCCCUUCAGCCAGGAGGACUGUGACCAAUGGAAAGUGGAGAAAACUUUCGAUUGUGAAGAUUCCAAUGGAGGAUCAGUUGCAAAGACUUCUUCUCCUGAGGAAUCGCAAGGUAUUGUGUUCCACAAGCCAGAAGAGGCACGGGGUAUCCUUUAUGCCAAUUUCGCAACCAUGUAUGCGGCACAAGGUGAGCUUGAACGGGCCCACCAUUUUGUGACGCAAGCAUUGUCCCUUGUACCCGACAGUCCAGAGGUCACUUUGACAGCAGUUUACGUGGACCUCGUGCUCGGUAAGUCACAAGCAGCUAUUUCCAAGUUAAAACAUUGUAGUCGGGUUAAGUUCGUUCCAAGCCAUGUACAAUUGAAUAAAUCUUGAUGGCUGUAUCAGAGUGGCUUCUAAUUCUUGUGUCUGGCUCAUCUGUCAUAGUUAGUGGGUAGAUCAGCAAUCCUUUAAUAGGGGAUUUGUAGCAUAUAUAUAGUUCAGUUAAGAGAAUAAAUUUUCUGUUAAUUUUUUUCCCCUUUUGAUUUUUGAUAUCUAGGGUUCAUUAAUUGGUGUGGCAGAGUGUUUUGGAUAGAGCUGAUGCCCACCUUUCAAAUUUAGUUGUGCCUUGAAAACAGAAGAAAAGAAAUUAUUCAUCAAGUGCUCUUGAGAUUUCAAUUUUA